CAAGCAAGCAAGGAAGCAAGCUCGUCCAGUGGGUUUGGGCCGUUACAUGAGCAUUCACCAUCGCCACCGCCAUCAGAGCCCUGCGUCAGAAUGCUGGCCUGCGGUCGGUUCAACGGUCUAAUUCGUCGCAUCCGUUGACAGCCAGUGGGCGAAGGCAAAGCGACAGAAGCUGCAGCGUUUUGAGGCGACUUUCGGGUGAAGCGACGCCGCCAUGACCGCGCUCGCCUGGGACCCGAAGACAAUCGAGAACCAGGCGCCCUCGGCCAGUUGCCUCCUGAGGGUCAAACGGGACAUCGCGGAGAUCAAGGCCAACCCGCUGCCCGGAAUCCACGUCUCCCCCGAGGAGAAAGACCUGACCAAGCUCCACGCCAUCGUGGUGGGGCCGUCGGGCACGCCCUACGAGGACGGCUUCUUCCAGUUCUUCAUGAAGUGCCCCCGCAGCUACCCGAUGAAGCCGCCCCUCGUGCGCCUGAUGACCACGGACGCUGGCCGCGUGCAAUUCAACCCGAACCUCUACGAUUGCGGAAAGGUAUGCCUCAGCAUCCUCGGCACAUGGCCAGGACCAGCCUGGAGCCCGGCCCAGAGCGUAAGCAGCGUGCUGAUCUCCAUCCAGUCGCUGCUUAACGAGGAACCGUACUACAACGAGCCUGGGUUUCCAAAAGGAAUGUUUCCCGACGCCUCCAAAAAGUACAACGCCAGGAUACAGCACGAGACUAUCAGGGUUGCUGUUUGCGACGCCGUAGAAGCCUGCCUACGGGAUAUCCCUCCGUGCCCACCGGACCUGGCGGCGACAAUAUUGAAGCAGUUUGCCGAGGGUUACGACAAGUAUGAAGAAAAAGUCAAAGGCCUGGUUCAUCUCACCGGCACCGUCAUGGAGCAGCAAUUUGUGGGUCUGAAUCUGGUGAACAUAACUUUUCAGUACGAGACACUGCUGACACGGCUCAAGGACUUGAACGAGCGGGUGAUAAAGAACGAAGCCAAAGCAACGGCUGAUGCGAUCGCUGGUGCGAACGCUGGUGAGAAAGAUGGUGAGAACACUGACGCAAACACUCAAUAAUGAUCAGCUACCGCAGUGGAGUCCUCGCGUAGAGCAAUCCACGUGUCGAAUCGUUAAGAGAGUCCAUGCUAAAAGACGCACAUUUGACGCUCAUGGGCAUUCGCAUCUAAAUUAACUUAUUCUAAUAUCAACCGCCUUGUUUCAGUGCGCAUCAGGUCGCCUAGUUCAACUGUGACUCGCGAUAGUCACUGAAUGAAAUGAAGCUCAAGUUAUGCGAACACAUACCUCGCACGAGUGGACAAAUAACCGAACAUAGCGCAACCGCUGAAACUGGCGACAUCGUCCUGACUGUCGUAAAAGCAACACCUUGCACAUCACCUAGGGAAGGGUCGCUUUGAGAUUCUCAGAACAUUGAUUGAAGAUUCCCACAUUUCACCGGCUAUCUCUAGCAAGAUCAGAUAUUUCAUGCGAAAAUGUAAGCACGAACGAGCACAGAGACAAGGAAGAUGACAGGCCGAGUACUCCUGUACUCGUCCAAGUAACAAUUCCCUCAACAACUUACUUGGCUAAUCAGAUUAUUUCUUACGGCCUAUACGUAUAGUUCAUGGACAUCAGACGAAAAAAUCUGAAAGGCAGAGGGCUCUCUAUAGAUAUUCCCAAUUAAUUUAUUCGGUUUAUAGAAAUAAUUUAUUUGGAGCAAGGCAGAGAGGCUGGCGUCAACUCUGCACAGCGGGUGCACAAAUGAUGACGUAAGGGUGUGAUGAGGGAUGAUGAUGACAUAAGAGGAAUACACCAUGGGGGUGGCAAGUUCAGCAUGCUGUUCAACCUUAAAAAAAAUCUCAACCAUGAAGCCACCACCGGGUUCCUGAUCUUGGCUGCGGUCAUUAGUUCAGAUAAAACUUCAAGAAAAGGUAUCUGUGUUUCAAAUUUCGAACUAUCACUAGGGCCACAUGAUACACAAUGCUGCUGUUGAUGCCGUGGCUGCUGCUGCUGCCGACACCACCACCGACUUGUCGAAGAGCUCGUACACAGGACAUCACUCGUAUAACGAAUCGGCGAAUCAGGACGCAUUUUCGGGUACCACCCCGUAAAUACGUCCCGGUUCCGGCUCCAUUCUCUACGGAAUUACGCAGUGAAACAGUUGACACCUAAAUGCGCUCCGUGCUAUAAAUAUACGUCACCAAGCGCAGCAAAUAUGUGUAUGGCUUCUUUCACGGGGUCAACCGU